AUGUCACAGGUUUUUUUACCCUACGAAAUGCAGCAAAAAAUGGAUAUGGCUGGUUCUGGUGCCGCAACUUCUCAUAAAUGUAAAAUUUCCAUGUUAUGGAACUGGUAUACCAUCGACUCGUGUUUCUUGGCAAGGUCAUGGCAUGUUACAAGCCGUGGGAUGUUUGCUGGAACAUGUAUUGGUAUUUUCUUUUGGGUGAUUUCAUAUUGUUGGCUACAUAGGUUUAUUGUUGAAUACGAUAAUUCUAUCAUCAAUUUCAAGCAAAAAAAACAUGGCAUUGACGCAUGCCAAAGCUGUUGUGGUCCUGCCGGUGAGUCAAACAAUAUUGCAAAUACCGAUGAUUCAUCAGAAGAUAAGCACUCAUCCUCUGAUCAUCAGGUAAUUGAUGUAAAUACAAACAGACCUGGUUCUGAUAUCUGGGCACCUUUACUUCAAACCUUUUCACACAGAUGGUUUAUUGGCUGGCUAAAGAAGAAAGACAAUGUCAUCUAUCCAAACCCUUUAGAACAUAUUGGCCGCUCCGGUUUGUACCUGAUGGAAUGGACCAUUUCCUACUUACUUAUGUUGAUGUGGAUGUAUUACAAUGGUUAUGUCAUUAUAACUAUGAUUUUAGGAUAUUUCUUUGGUCAAUUGAUAUUCAAUUACACACCACUCACCGUUGUUCCUGCUAGGACGUACAUGACUCCAUCCUGUCAGUAA